UGUUUGAAAAAGGAAGCGCAUCUCAUCGCAUCAUCGCUGCCGCUGGUGAGGGAAGCAUAAGUUUGUUUCGUCAAAAUUGUACUUUGUGAAACGUUUUUCGUGUUUCCCGAAUGUAUGUAACAAAGUAAAAUUGUGAUUCGUUUACCUGGAAACGUGGAAUAGUGUAGUCUGUUUCGAAGAAACGACACAAAGCCCGAAAAGGAAAAUGUCCUUUUGAGACGCGUUCUCCAGGCAAGGGUGUACAGUACGGAACGGCGCGCACGCACGCAUUUUCUUGGCGUGGAGAAAAGUGUUAAAAUUUUGUGGAUUCCCAAAGUAGUAACUUCUUCGUUAAAUUAGACGGAGCCUACAAGCAUAUCGGCAUUCCAAUAAAUCCCCGUAGCACAUCCUUUUGCCGACGCCAUCGGCAACGCAAAAAGAGUGUUCCGCGCACACAAACACACAUACGCACAGCAAGGCGCUGACGCAGCCUCCAUCGCAACAUCCAUUUUAUUAACUUCGGCCCGAAAGCGAUCGUAGUAGUCUGUGCGUAGAGACAAUACGAAAGAUUUGAUUUGAAAAAUGGCGACUUUCCGAGUGCACGAAGACUUGGAGAAGGAAAACCGCCUCAAUGCUCCCGCUGGCGGCAAGAAAGCGACCGUUCCUUUAGGAACACUGAAUCCUGUGGUGGCCCAGGCCGGUAAAAAUCAGGCCUUGCAAACCGGCACACUUCUGCAGCAGCAGCGGACCAUGUUCAGCGUACUGAACAAUGUUCAGCCGGGAAACGUCCCGAAUGCAGAAAAGGCGGUCAAAGAAGCGAAGGGAAAACUACAACAUCAGCGUGCUGCCGGAGCCGUACUGUUACCGAAGGUAGGAGAUGAAAAUGGUAUCGAACCGAAAGCGCCUGGCCUGCAGGCGAAGGUUGCCCAGAAGUCGGUGGUUACCGUCACUUCAGAGGUGUUGCAAGCAUUCCAGGUGUACGAUGAAUCGAAAGAAAAUUUGACUCACCUAAAUGUUGCUAAAAGAGAAGAGGUUCACCAUGAGAAACGGGGACCGCUGCAGGAGAUUAAAAAUGUGGAUUUGCUGGAAACACCCAUGUCGGUCAGUGAAAGCUACUCUCCGAUGUCGGUAGACAAGUCGUCGAGUGUCAUCGUUGUCGAAGAUGUUCCGAUCCCGAGAAAUGACCGUGAACGGUUCUACGAGGUAGAAGAUUAUCAGCAAGACAUUUUGAUGUAUCUGAAAGAGGCGGAGCGACGAAACCGUCCGAAACCGGGGUAUAUGCAGAAGCAAACCGAUAUUACCCACUCUAUGCGCACCAUUCUGGUGGACUGGCUAGUGGAGGUGUCGGAAGAGUACAAACUACACGGCGAAACACUGGCCCUUGCCGUUUCCUACAUCGAUCGGUUUUUAAGCUUCAUGUCGGUGGUUCGUGCGAAGUUGCAGCUGGUCGGCACUGCGGCCUUGUUCAUUGCAGCUAAAUACGAGGAAAUCUACCCACCAGAUGUAGGCGAAUUCGUGUACAUCACCGACGACACGUACACCAAGACUCAAGUCCUGCGCAUGGAGCAGUUGAUUUUGAAGGUCCUUUCCUUUGACCUGACCGUACCGACUUCAUUGGUAUUCACCAAUCUCUACUGCGUGAUGAACGACCUACCGGAUAAAGUUAAAUUCUUGACCAUGUAUAUUUGCGAGCUUUCGCUACUGGAUGCUGAUCCCUACUUGACGUACGUCCAAUCGGAAAUUGCAGCCGGCGCGUUGGCUUUAGCACGUCGUGCGCUCGACCUUCCGAUGUGGUCGAAAAUGUUGGAAAACAAUAUCGGCUAUCGGCUGUCGGCUUUGAAGAACAUUAUACUGGAUUUAAGCAAGACCCACAACGCCGCAGCUUCCACCCAGCAGCAAGCAAUACAGGAAAAAUACAAGUCGAAAACUUAUAAGGAAGUUGCAUUCCUUCCGGCUGCCAUUCUGACUGAAGACACAUUUGAUAAAAUUUGCGAUCUGCUUUCUUCCUCAUCGACGACCGCAGUCACUUCCAAUCAGCAAGGAAAAGACAUUGCGGCCGGACAGAAAAAUAGCAUAGUGUUCGUCUAAAUGGCAGGACGCUUAGAUGAUCAGCGCUUAAUUGGGUUCUUGUUUCGUUAAUGAUUAUUCUUUUGCAUAUUUAUACUUUUUUAUGUUCGAACUCAGAUCACAUACAAUUCGUGCCGCAGGAAUCUACACCUUUAGUGUGCAACCGUCAGUUUUUUUUUGUCAUAAUUUAUUUGUAAUACCGUAAUGUGCUGUAUUAUUUCAUAUGGUUUUACAAUGAGACGUAGCUUUCCUAUUUAUACCAAUUUGCGUUAUGAUUGCCAUUUUCGAGCUUUUUUUUAAUUUGUUUUUGUAUCAAUUUACGAUCAGAGAACUUUUCGGCACAUCAAAACAACCAGAGUUUAGUGAGUUAAAAACAACGAAGACGAUCGCACGAGACCAUUCGUGAAAUAAGCCUAGUUUUGUCCCAGUUUUGUCAAAGAUAAAGGCAGCAGAUCCCGUUCGAGGAAUGUAUUGAAACGUCGGUUGUAGUUCGUCGUCUGACAAUUUGGCAUAAACGCGCGAAGCACAUAGCAAUAAGUAAACUUUGGUAGUUUCUGAACUAAUUUAUAGGAUUUAAGCAUCUUGAGAGUUGAGUCGAAUCUACUUGACCGCAUCCAGGAGGUGACCAUUUUUCCUGGAGCACAGUAACUAACACGCUUGAGAGGAGCAGGGAAUGAACAAAUUGAGGCGGGUGCCCAUGACAAGGAUUUGCUAGCGUUUUACCAAAUGGUAACGGGCCAGAACGGCAGAUCAAAUGAACAAAUGUAGCUUUUCCAGCACACGUAACUGUUAAGAAUCUUUUUAUAUUAGGAAAUUCGACGCUAGAAUUAUUUUGUUAUACAAUUUACAUCGAAAUAAAACACUUAGCGAAAGAGGUCGUUCACGCCGUCGCAAAAUCGUUUGAACUGAAAUAAACCAAUGAGGAAAUAA